GGCGCACGGUCAAAAUGGCGUUUGUUUUUUUCCUAUCAAUGCGAACAAUGAUUUUUCGUUGGUGAUUCUGGAAAGAAAAAGCGGUUGAUGAAGAUAAUUUUUUCACAAUGACUUCAAAAACUGAUCCUAAUAACGCUGAAUCAGAUGCCCAGAAGGCAGAAGAAAAGGCUAGUAAAGAAGAGUUAGUGGAAGCCAAGAUGAGAAUAAUCCGAAAGAAAAAUGAAGAUCUCAUGAGAAGACAAAAGGAGAUUGAAGAAGACCGUAAAAAUGCCGAUGUGUACAGCAAGUUAGUAGAAAUAAAGAAGCAACAUGGGAGUGGUACAUCAGGAGUGAACAAGGAUUCAUCACAGCCAGGGGGGGUGGCUGGAAGAGGGAGGGGUAGGGGCAGGGGGCUAAUGUUGCAGGAAAUGCGGAAAGAAACACUGAAAGCCAAGCAGUGGGAGGCCAAACGGAAAGAAAAUGUUGUAAAGGAAGAGCAGGAGAGGAAACAAGGAAGUAGGAAUCCCAACUCUGCAAGUAGGUUUCUGAUGGAUGACAAGCGAGUAGACAUGUCCAAAAUGACAGGGCGGAACGAGCACUCUUGGGGUGGAGCUAAUUUCAACAAAGUUGCCGGUCGAAUGCAAAGGGAGAAGGAAGGGUUUCGACCAGGCAGAAAUAGAGAUAAUAUGGAAAUGACUAUGUCAGGGAAAGAGCGGCAACAGUAUCGUGAGUGGAAGGAUGAGAGAAAGAAGAUUGAUGAAGAAAGGAAAGCUCGUCAGAAGAAGGCUGGAAACUGGAGCCGUACAUGGGAUCAGAAAAAGGUCUGGGAUGCAAGACGGAAGAUGUGGGUAUUUGAAGAAUCUGGGGACAAUGGGAGGAAUAUGAGACAUCAUGAUGGUCAUGGUCGUGCAGAAGACUGGGGCAUUGAUAGUAGGGGGAACAAUUACCACAGAGGAAACAGAGGUCAUCAUAAAGGAGGAGGAUUUAGACAGUAUGACAACCAUGAAACCCGAGCUUCUGAAAUGCAACAAGGUAGCAGUCAAAGUGAAGUUUUGGAAAAAAAGAGUACCACAUCAAAAACUGAAACAGAAACUAGAGCAAGACACAACCAGGAUGGCACAGCUAAUGGUGAGGGCACUGGGGAAGAGAAUUGGGAUGAAGAACCAACUGUACCUCUGCAUCAAAAGAAAGAAGAAGAGAGUUUAGAUGCUGUUAUGGAAACAUCAACUGACAAUUCGCAAAGAAUUGAUAAACCCAAACCUCAAAGAGAACGGAAGGAACGAAGAUGUAGUGAUAAGCAUGGUAUUAGUGAAGAUAGUCAGAAAAAUCAGCAAUCUGCAGCAGAAGUGACAAGUGACAAACCACAUAGUGGAACUUCUCAGCAAGAACUUCAGGAAAGCUUACAAGAUGAUUUUGCUGUUAAUGAAGAUUCUCAAGUGCUGCCUGAAUCCACAACUACCAAAGAUUCAUCCCUGUCAGUCAUAUCAGCUCUGCAUGAAUCUCCAGGAGAUAAGAAAGAGGCAGCAGUUGAAUGCAAGGAUCAAAUCAAAAACUUGCAUGAGGAAAGUGAAGAGGCACAAGUCAAUCUAGAAGAUGUAGAAACUGGUGAAAGAGCUAAUGACAUAAUUACAACAGACAGUGAUAAAGAUAAACAAGAAUGCUCACCACAAAAUCCAGCACAUGAAAAACAAGAUGUUUCUAUUGAUCAUUCAGCACAGCAAGAACACAGAGAUGACAGUGCAAACUCUGUUCAUAACGAUACAAUGCUGGCAGAAACGGCAAAUUUGCCUAAACUUAAGACAGACAAAAAAGUUUCUGACACCAAAGAAAACAAUCAGGAAAUGAAAUCAGAUACAGAAGUUGCCAGUGUGAUACAAGCAUCUGCAUCAGAUGCUGACACUCCACCUACACCUGAUUUUUUGAAACUGGAGCAGGACCUUGACUGGGGUGAAAUUGAGAUUGAUGAGGAAAAAAUUGUUGAGAGAUGGUAGCUUUUAAAAUCGAACAGUUUAAGUCACAGAUAGUGUUUUGCUCUGGACAACCCAGUUAUAGGCAUACCCUUUGCUCAAAUUUCCUAGAAUUUCCUUCACAUUGUUUAAGGGCACAAUCAAAUCUCCAUUUUUGUAGUGUAUCUGGUUUAUUUUAACCAUGGGUAAACAAGUAUUUGUAAUCAAAAAAAGUCUUACAAUCUGUUAUUACACCAAGUGUAAUCCUAACAAGACAGUUUGUAAGAAAAUCAUGGCAAUUAAUAUUUUGCCAAGCCAGUUUUACGUUGCCCUCUCCUGGGUAAGUUUUUUUUUAUUUUUGUUAGGCUACAGUUCCCCUGUCCUCCGCUCUUCAGGCUCUGAAAAUAUUCCAGCUUCGAUGCCUGUAUAACCUUCCAACAAAAAUGAGUUUGGAUAUGAAAUAAGAACAGUUUUUAGCCCUGGGGAAUAAAGUGGUCACAGCCUUUCUAUACAUCAUGGUGUGUCCAUGUAUUGAGAUGUAUAUUUCCUAUUAGACAAUUUGGUUUGCAGUAUAGCUGAGUAUUUUUACGAGUUCUGCCAUAUUUUGACAAGUCCUUGUAGUGAGUAAAAAUGUAAUGCACCAAACAUCUAAUAAGUUAUUUAUUAUCCAAUUGCCUUAUUUUUGUGCAUUUCGUCAAAGGUGGUAAAAAACAAAGCAGAUAGAGAAACUUUGCUCAUGCAGUUGACCAUCAAAUAGGUUUUUUUACAGUUACAAAAUAACCAACUGUUCAAAUAUUGUGUGAUAUUUUUACUAGAUGGGUGCAUUAUUUCUACUCUACUCAGUGCAGUUGGAUAAUAGUGCUGGUUAAAUAAUAAUGAGAUUUUUAUUUCACUUUUAAUCACAGUAUGUCUUUUCAACACGCAUAAAAUAUUUGUUACCAUUUUAAUUAAGAGAUGAAAAGUAGUUUGCUAGUCUGCAACAGAUCACAAUAGAAUUGUCAAAAUUGUAAAGUACCUUUUCAGCUUAAUUUUACACCAAUAUGAUAUAAAAUAAAUUAUAGAAAUGUCUGGUGAAAAACUUUUGCUCCUCACUGAAUUGGGUAGCUUUUAAAUACAAUAUGGCUCAACUUUUGCUCUGUGGACGGUUUAAUGCCCAGUCAUGAAAUAGUGUCUACUUGUUAACCUUUUCCACCCUAACAUCAAUAUGCAUAUUCUCCAUACUGUUCUCUAAACAUUUCCCAAGGUGCUGACAAGGAGAAUUUGUUUAACAAUCAAGACCUUUUUUUAUAGGUGAUCAGUUCCUUUAUACUCCUGAUCUUAUUGUUUGACUCAGGGGUGGUGAGGUAAGGAGAAAUUAGAUGCCAGUCACUUUUACACCCAAACAUCAACAAGCAUAUUCUCCUUACUGCUCCCAGCUCAUUUCCUAUGGUUUUGAUGGGGAGAAUUUCUUUAACAAUGACAGAAGCUUCUUUAAGAAGCAUUAAUGUCCCUAAUGUUUGCAAUUUUUUUGAUUCAGCUGUGAUAAUCUAACAAGAAAAUAGAUGCUGGUCACUCUUUAGAGUAAAGGAUUACACUACUUUAAGAGAAAAGAAUGCUAUUAGUGGUACAGUUAAAAUGCCCUGGAAUUUCUGCAUGGCAGGCUAAAUUGAGACUGAAAAUUGAGGCUCCUGAGCUUAGUGUGUACCCUUGACACCCUAACAUCAGUAUAGAUAAUCUCUAUACUAUUCUAUAAAGAUUUCAUAAGGUGCUGACAAGGAGAAUUUGUAUGAAAAUCAAGAGCUUCUUUAUCUGGUGAUCAUUUCCCAUAUUCUCAUGACCUUAAUGUCUGAUUCAGGCGUGAUAUUGUCGGGAGAAAUUUAAUGCUGGUCACUCUUGGAGGUCAAAGACCUGAUUAAAGAAAAUUAUUGGUUUGGAAUUGCUGCAUUUUACUGGGUGUACUAAGAGUUCAAUGUGCAUAUAUGAUCUUUAAUGUUGAUCCAUAAUGUAAAAUAUCGUUAAAUAGACUUGGAGCAAUUAUGGUCAGUAGCGUUUUGUUCAUGCCUUGGCCAACUGUUAGCUAUCAUGCAGCAUUUGUUGCAUUUUGUAGCGUUUUGCAGCAGUGCUGUGGUCAUUGGAGCCCUAAGGCUGUCCUUGCCAGCGGUAUACCUUACCAGUGCAUGUGUUGUUCUAUUUGUUAUUUAUGUUUUCCUCCAUUCAACCACCUGGCUCUAGUGUGAUAGGUGCUCAUAGGGGGUAUGGCAUGGGAAACUCGUAGCUGGAUUAUGGGUUGGGCAGGUGGACAGGCCAGUCAGGUGUUCAAGUACCUUGGGGUGCAACUGCAGUUGUGGUCCCUGGGCCCCUUGGGCACCUAGCCUCCAUAUGCAACAUGGGUGUCAAAUGGCACAUUGUUAUCCAGUUCUUAACACAACCAUUUUUAAAACUAACCAAAAAUAAACUCCUGAUGUAGUUCACUGAGGAUGUUAGAAAACAUUUUGAUCAUGAGGUGAUAACCCAAAAUGCAACAUUGUUUUGACCACCAAGCCAUAGGUUUCAGAGAAUGUAUCAUUACUUUUCACCUUUUCUUAUCAUUUCACAUUUGAUUUGAAACUCAAUUCUAACCUUUAAGGAAAUUUAUGUACCCCUUAAACCCAGAAGUGAUUAACAUGUGACUUCUCCCUAUUAAAUUAUCCAGCAAACAAGUUAUGAGAAUAUUCAAACUGAUCAGGUAUAAGUUUUCAUCUUAAUCUGACACCAAAAUCUCUAGCAGCUAAAGGAGAAAGUUAACAAUCAGAUCUUAAGGGUUAAGGGGCCAUUCUAAAACAUGGAAUCAUUUUCAACAAUGUUGAACACAAACAGAUAAAGACUACGUAAAAUAUGGGACUUGAUGUGUCCCAAAAGUUGCUCUCAAUGUGGGGCUACAGAUAGAAAGUGAAAAUCAAACAUACAAUAAAGUUGCAAAGAAAUUUUUGUUGCAAAUUCUUUAUUACUGACUUGAAUCUGCACAUAAUCAGGCUGUUACAACACAUCAAAAAGACUUGUGACUGGUGAAACUUCUACUAAUAGUACUGUUUCUUGAAAA